AGAGAAUGUAAUUCUACAAAAUUAUUUUAUUUAUCAAGGAAACAGGAAAAUGUAUGUGAUAAAUACAUUUUUUAAAGACUGAAACCUUAAAAAAUGUACCAUUCCUUUUUUUUUAUCUGUUUCUGACAGGAUUGCGUUUCUGAUUUUGAAUUUGAUGUAAAAAUGCCUUUUCAGUGUAAGUCGUAGCAUUCUAAAUACCAUUUUUUAAACACUUUUUUUGGGGCUUCUCCACCUAUUCUUUCAAAUGAAAAGUUGUUUUUUUUCCCUGAAAGAUAACAAUCAAAAUAGAUAAAUGUGCAACCAGCUAAAAGGUCGUUCUUUCAGGUGUCUUCUUUGUUUUUAUUGUCAUUCAUUUCCACACCAACAUAGAAACAAAAGAGAAAGGUGCAAACACAUACACUAACUGUAAAAACCACACCUCCAGCACCUGGCUCUUCCCCCUGGUGCAGCACAGACAAGUCAACCCUCAUCACUCGCUACAUUGUUACGAGGCAACAAGCCCUCAACUGCACCACAGAAGGACUCCAGCUUCAACUAAAUCUGUGAUCUUCAUGACAGUCUUCUCCCCAUGAGAUGUGGUCCACAAUGAAACUACAGUAUUUAUUCCUACUGGUUUAUAUGUUAGGGACCUUCAGCGGGAAGUCAAGAGCAGAAAGAAAUCCAGCAUGCACAAAACGAGAUCUGUGCAAUGAGGAGCCUGACGCAGCUUUUCACUUUCUUCAAUGCGCUGGGCUGCCCUCAACAGACUCGGGGAGUGACCACAUGCAGAAACUGAAAGGAGUCCUUGAAGCGACCAUGGAUGUUUAUUCCUUUAUGAGGUCCAGCUUAAAUGGUGUGCCGCUUCUGUCUCUGGAGGGAGAACUGGAGUUAAACGAGAGAGCAGACCCUUUUCAGAAUGAAGCUCUGGUCCAAAUGUGGCUGGAGGUCAAGAUGAAACCACUGCUGAAAUCUAUAACCAAACACUUUCUUUCCUGCCUCAGCACCAAGAACUUCAGCUGCUCCACUUACCAGACUGUCUUGAUGGAGCUCAGUUACCAUCACUCAGAACUGACUCCAGCUCAGCAAAAAUGGAUCUACACAUUCUUCAUGCACCCAUUCCUGUCCGGAGACAGAAUUCAAGGUUGUGUGGACCCAGAAGAAAGCAGUGAGGAGUGGCUGCUGAAGAACUUUGGUGCCUUCAGAGCAAUGGCCAGAAUGAAGGACUUUUCAGCUCUCAAUAUGGUCUUCAGUGGACUGGAAGUGCUUCACCUGCUGUCUCCCGCACAAAAAGCAGAGCUACUCAUGAGGCCUGAAGUGGAAAGCUUUGAAAAUGGCACCCUGUCCCUGAUCUUCCACAGUUUAACAGGAAGCUCUGAACCCACACCCACUGCUCACCCUGGAGACUUCCACAGUGGGACAACACCUGCAGAAUACUCUACCUUCCCUUCCUACCCAACACAGCCCACACACCAGUCACACCCCCGGUCUCCAAUUGAAAACCUCAGAGAGGUUUUUAGUGGAUUCCUGACGGCUUUCAAACCUGUUGGGAGCUUUGUUCAUGAAUUUGUAUCUUUUACAAGCGAGAGGAAUCUGUCAGAAAUAAGAAGCACCACAAUGACUCAGUUCCUGCUCAACUGGACUUUGGCUGAACUGGCUGACAUGUAUCAGCCAAAAGAUAUGGUUCCAGCAGAACCACAGUUUGAUGUGACGAAUGUGGAGGAUUGGUACCAGCAGGUUGUAAUGCCGUUGCUUCAGAGGUUCCUGCCAAAUAAUGAGAUCCUGGAGCACCCAAACAUCAAACUCGCUUUUCACCAACUCUUUUAUUUGGACCAUGGUGUGGAUGAUGCAUACUCAGAGGACACAGAUUACUCUGAGAUCCAGGAUGUGUGCAGCAUCACCCUGGAUAAGACUCCCUGUGGGCUGACUGAUGCCGUGGAAAAUGUGGCUCAUGUUUUGCAUUGUGCUGCUCGCACAAACCUGACAUUGAAUGAGGAAACAAUAAUGAGGCUGAUUCUGGAGCUGACCAAACGUCUGAACUCCCUGAUCAAAGAACUGUCCAAAACUAACUUCAAGGAAGUGUCUUCUGAAAUCAAGGAGAUCUUUGGUGAGGGAGAAGCUCCAUCCCUGACCCAGGAACACCUGAAGGACCCCGACUUCAUUCAGCUCUGGUUCCAGAUCAAGCUGCUGCCCCUCCUGCCGGAUGUCCACCCAGAUCUCCUCUCCUGUCUGAGCAGCAAGAACUUCUCCUGUCCUGUCUACCAAACCCUAGUGUCAGCACUGGGCGGAUACAUGAGUUUCAUGGAGGCUGACCCCAUGUACAGUCAGAACAUCUAUAAAUACUUCAUCUAUUCUUUCCUGCAGCAACACAACUUCUCUGAUUGUGGUUCCACAGCCAAUAACAGCGCAGAAUGGCUGCAGAAAAAUGUUGGUUUCUUCUCAAAGUUUGCUUCCAUCAUUGAUUUCUAUGAGCUCAACCGUUUCUUCUCUGGACUGGAAGCUCUUCAUCUUCUGACUCCAAACCAGACAGCAGAGAUGCUGCUGCUGCCUCUGCGUACUCCACCAGAGAGAGAUGUGGUCAUAAGUCAUGUGCUUAACUAUCUGAUUGAGUCACCAGAGGACCGGAAACUGCUGGAAGUUCUGCACUUUGUAAUCCAAAGUGCUCAAAAGGUCAAUCCUCCCUGCAGCGUCUACAAACUUCUUGUGGAUGGACUCUAUGCAGCCAUUCCAUCUCUGCCUUCAGACCUGGAACCGUCUUUGUGGGCUUUGAUUAGUCACCUCAUCAACAUUGCACCAGAAAACUGUCUGACAGUGAACUUCAUGUGUCCACAAACUCAUGUUAAUGGCACAAACAUUUGCAAAGACAUUGACAGCUCUGACCUGGAAUUCUACAUGAACAUGUCCACCCAUGUUCCUUGUACCUUUACUCUGGACAAAUAUGCAUGUGCACAGUUGGAGAAUUUUGCAGCUGAUCAGCUGGCUUCCCUCCUGAGAUGUGAUCUGCCCGGAAACAGCAGCCGCUCCAGAGUGUUGUGGAAGUUGCUGCUCACUAAACUCUCCAACGUCUUGGAUCCAGCUCUGGACCUGCUGGCUAACAUGUCUGUGGACGUGGUCAGUCCGUCAGCGCCUGAGAUUCUGGAUGUCAUUGGGGAGAUGAGGGUCUUCCUGCUGACUGACCAACAGCUGAUGGACAGCAGCGUGGUCAAGUUGUGGUUCUCCGAGCGUUUAAGUGUCUUCCUGCCGUCUGCCUCAGAAAUGUUCCUGCUGUGUCUGAGCAGCAGGAACCUCAGCUGUCAGUCCUUCCAGCAGAUUGUGCAGGUGUUUAGUCAUCAGUUCAGAGACAUGACAUUCCAACAGCAGCAUGUGAUCUUGAAGGAUUUCAUCCUCCGUUUCCUGUCAGAACCGUACACAGGUCCAGGUUGUGUUUCUGCCUCCAACAGCAGUGCAGAGUGGCUCAGCAACAACUUGGGUUCUUUCUCAGAGCUUCUGUCUGUCAGUGAGAUGUUUGAUCUGAACCCACAGUUCAAUCCGAUGGAGGCUCUCAGUGUUCUGAGUCCAAAGCAGAGUGCAGAGCUGCUGGUGCUGAAACAUCCCACUCUGCCAAACACAGACGUCAUUAUCAACAAACUCUUUGAUUAUUUCACUGAGUCUCCAAGAGAGAGGAAGUUUACAGAGUUCCUGUCAUUCCUUCCUGUUCCUCAUACGAAACACUGUUCACCAGACUUGACAACACCUCAUCCACGUCUUCUCCUGACAUUGCUUCAUCCAUCAUGGACACCAAAGUGGCUUUAUUCAACUACAUACCAACAGGUAAGAGUUUAACAUGUGUAGAACUACAGAUGUGGUAUUAAUAUGUAUAAGAUUCUGGUCUUUCUG